AUGCCGUCGCUCAACCUGACAGCCGUGCACACCAUGGCGGAGGUCGGGAGCUUCCUGGGGACGGUGGACUUGGAUUUACAAACCUUUCCUUCGCUGGGGAACGUGCCGGUGGUGGAGGCUCCGGCGGGGCUGAGCGAGCGGCUGGGGCAGAUCGAGGGCCGGCUGCAGCGGGGGUCGCCCACGGACUUCGGGCACCUGAAGGGGAUCCUGAGGCGGCGGCAGCUCUACUGCAGGACCGGCUUCCAGCUGGAGAUCUUCCCCAACGGCACCGUGCACGGGACCCGGCAGGACCACAGCAGAUUCGGUAUCCUGGAGUUCAUCAGCCUGGCAGUGGGUCUGGUCAGCAUCAGAGGGGUGGACGCUGGACUCUACCUCGGCAUGAAUGAAAAAGGAGAGCUCUUUGGGUCGAAGAAGCUGACGGCAGAAUGCGUGUUCAGGGAUCAGUUUGAGGAGAACUGGUACAACACCUACUCUUCAACUCUGUACAAGCACACGGACACGGGGCGCUUCUACUACGUGGCCUUGAACAAGGACGGCUCGCCCAGGGAGGGAAACAGGACUAAGAAACACCAGAAACUCACCCACUUCUUACCCAGGCCGGUGGAGAUUGAAAAGAUCCCGCAGGCCUACAGAGACCUGUUCCAGUACAGGUGA